UCCUCUAAUUAAAAAUGGCAAUAGAAACCACUAGUUCAACUUCUCCUUAUCCCAUCAAAACCAUAGUUGUUCUUGUUCAAGAAAACCGCUCAUUCGACCACAUGCUUGGAUGGAUGAAAUCUUUAAACCCUGAAAUAAACGGAGUUACAGGCUCUGAAUCCAAUCCCAUUUCCACAUCUGACCCAAACUCAUCCCGUAUAUUCUUCACUGACACAGCUGGUUACAUUGAUCCUGAUCCUGGCCACUCCAUUCAAGCCAUUUUCGAGCAAGUUUUUGGAAUCACAUGGACUGCAUCUCAAUCCGAGUCUUCUUCUCAAUCCCGUCCUUUAAUGCAGGGGUUUGCGCAGAACGCGGAAAGCAUAGAAAAGGGGAUGUCAGAGACAGUGAUGAGUGGAUUUAAACCAGAAAUGUUGCCAGUUUAUAAGGAGUUAGUGAUGGAGUUUGGUGUUUGUGAUAGAUGGUUUGCAUCGGUUCCGGCGUCAACUCAACCGAAUAGAUUGUUUGUGCAUUCAGCUACAUCUCAUGGAGCUACAAGUAAUGAUACAAACAAGUUGAUUGAAGGUUAUCCCCAGAAGACUAUAUUUGAAUCAUUGGAUGAAAGUGGGUUUAGCUUUGGGAUUUAUUAUCAAUAUCCUCCAGCCACUCUUUUCUACAGAAACCUGAGGAAAAUAAAGUACUUGAAAAACUUGCACCAAUUUGAUUUACACUUCGAGAAUCACUGCAAAGAAGGGAAGCUACCAAACUAUGUGGUUGUUGAGCAAAGAUAUUUUGAUUUGCUGUCUAUACCUGCAAAUGACGACCAUCCAUCUCACGACGUUUCAGAAGGACAGAAAUUUGUGAAACAAGUUUAUGAGGCAUUAAGAAAUAGUCCCCAAUGGACUGAAAUGUUGUUCAUCAUAACAUACGAUGAACAUGGUGGUUUUUAUGAUCAUGUUCCAACGCCUCUAACUGGAGUCCCUACCCCAGAUGAUAUAAUUGGCCCUGAACCUUAUUACUUUAAGUUUGAUCGUCUCGGCGUUCGUAUUCCAACCAUCUUCAUUUCUCCUUGGAUUGAGCGUGGGACAGUGUUGCACAGGCCCUCGGGGCCAUAUCCUACAUCGGAGUUUGAGCACUCUUCAAUUGCAGCAACUGUGAAAAAGAUUUUCAAUCUAAAAGAGUUUUUGACGAAGCGUGAUGAGUGGGCUGGCACUUUUGAAAGUGUUCUCAGUAGAAAAUCCCCAAGAACAGAUUGCCCUGUUGCAUUACCUGAACCUCCAAAAAUGCGGGAAGGCGAUGCAAAAGAAGAUGCAAAACUGACUGACUUCCAGAAAGAAUUAGUACUGAUGGCGGCAAUGUUAAAUGGUGAUCAUCGAAAGGAUAUUUAUCCCCACAAACUAGUGGAGAAUAUGCUAGUUUCAGAAGGAGCCAAGUAUGUUGAAGAUGCAUUUAAGAUAUUCUGCCAUGAGUGUGAGAAAGCCAAGGAAAGAGGAGUUGACGAGUCUACGAUUAUUGAUAUAGAUAUAGUAAACCAACCAACAGAGAGACCAUUCAAAUCUUUUGCUCAAAAGAUUUUAUCCUGUUUGGUGUGUGAUAAUUGAACCAAAGUUGAUAUCUCUUUUAGUUGCAAUAUUGGACAUGCUUGUAUAUGAAGUAUGUAAAUUGCUUUACGGUCUAAAUUGCUAUAUUGUUUUUUCCUAUCUAAAUUGCUUCCCAGGGCACACACAAACACUUAUGAAUUAUUUGAAUAAAAGAUUGUUGUGUAUAAAUGUAUAAUCCAAGGCAUAAACUCCUCGGUGUGAUAUAUAUCUUUCAUGACCUGGAAUGUUGAUUCUAGUUGGUCGUUGGCACCUAGUUUGUCUAACUUAAAUCAAGUAAAUUAACCAUUGAAAUGAUUUGUUUCCCCUUUUCUUGCUUUUAAUUAAUUGGUAGUCUACUCUUGUUUGGUUAUGUUGGUUGAAAUUUA